GCCAUAGUGACAGAAGCGUCCGCCGGAAGUGAGGAGGAACGGAGCGCGAUGGCGGACGACGCGAUGAAAACGGAUGUGCAGCUGCCUGUGGCCACAGACCUCAAGAAACCUCGUCCAAAGAAAGCUCCUGAGCUUCCGAUUCUGGAGAGGAGAAACUGGCUUAUACAUCUGCAUUAUAUCCGCAAAGAUUAUGAGACCUGCAAGGCCGUUAUUAAAGAACAGCUGCAUGAAACUCAAGGCAUGUGUGAAUAUGCUGUGUAUGUGCAAGCUCUGAUCAUGCGGUUAGAGGGGAAGAUCCAGCAGUCUCUGGAGUUGUUCCAGAGUUGUGCCAUCCUCAACCCCAAAAGCUCAGACAACCUCAAGCAAGUGGCACGAUCCCUUUUCCUGUUAGGGAAGCACAAAGCCGCUAUCGAGGUUUAUAAUGAAGCAGCACGUCUCAAUCAGAAAGACUGGGAAAUCAGCCAUAAUCUGGGCGUUUGCUACAUCUACACCAAAGACUUCAGGAGUGCCGAAGAACAGUUAAACUUGGCAUUGCAGCUGAAUAAACACGAUCUGACCUACAUGAUGCUGGGAAAAAUCCACUUACUGCAGGGCGACACAGAGAAAGCCAUUGACGUCUACAAGAGCGCUGUGGAGUUUUCUCCAGAGAACACAGAGCUGUUGACUACACUGGGACUGCUGUACAUGCAGCUUGGGAAAUACCAGAAAGCCUUUGAGCACCUCGGAAAUGCUCUGACAUACGACCCCAAUAACUUCAAGGCCAUCCUCGCGGCCGGCAGUAUGAUGCAGACUCAUGGAGAUUAUGACGUGGCCAUGAAUAAGUACCGUGUGGCGGCGUACUCUGUCCCUGAGAGCCCGCCGCUCUGGAAUAACAUCGGGAUGUGCUUCUUUGGCAAAAAGAAAUACGUGGCUGCCAUCAGCUGUCUGAAGAGGGCAAACUAUCUGUCUCCGUUUGAUUGGAAGAUCCUGUAUAAUCUGGGUUUGGUUCAUCUCACCAUGCAGCAGUACGCAUCAGCUUUCCACUUUCUGAGCGCCGCCAUCAACCUGCGGCCGCGCAUGAGCGAACUCUACAUGCUACUGGCCGUUUUUACUAAUGAUGAUUCACACACACACACACACACACACAUUGCCAAAAAUCACAGGAGAUCUCAUCUCUUUCUCACACAGCUGGUUGAAAUGGCUCAGAAAUUGGGCGCCGCUCUACAGGCGGGUGAGAACCUGUACUGGAGCAAACCGGGCAAAGACGGCAAGACCAGCCAGCGGUCGUCCUCCAGCAAACCCAGCAGCUCCCAGCAGCCCCUGGGCACCAACCAGGCCCUCGGUCAGGCCAUGUCUUCAGCCGCAGGCUACAGCAAGAGCAUGCAGAUCACUGCAGAGCCCGAAGCGGAUGUGAGCAGCGCCCCGUCUCCCCCUACAGUCGAUCCCGGAGAGCCUGAGGACGAGGAUGAGGUAGAGGAGACGGCCGAACUCAAAGAGAAGAGUAACACAAGCGCAUGAUUACACCACCCUGCAUCGUAUUUGCUGAAUGAAAUCCAAUACUCGUUUUUUGCUCAUUUUGAGGUGCUGAUUCCAGAAAUAGUGCCAAGCAUGUCACAUUUUCUCACAAAAUAUGAUGCAUUUAAUAGCAUUCUGGCUUUUGACAACCAUUUGUAAGGU